CCCACCCUCCCCUCCGCCUUUUCGCUCGACUCGAUCCCUCUUGUUCUUAAGCCCUCCUUCUGCACACCGGACGGCUGCACCGCCCGGAUCCAAGCAGUCAUGACUCUCCACGACAUCACCAUACCUGUAAAGGAGCCGAAAUGGAAUUCGAAGCCCGCGUGGAAGCUCCCUGGCUGGGCCGAGCCUGUUAUUGUUGCCACUAUUCUUUUUGGAGCCAUGUACUUCACGCGCAGACCUAGAUAUUCGAUCCUGGGCAGGCGGGAAACUCUGUACAACUCUUCGCUCGACGACCCAGACUCCGCGCGCUCCUCGGACGAGCUGAUUCCAUACGACCCCGAGAAUGAGGAUGACGCCCAGGAUCCCAUUGCGGCCGCAAAGCACCUACCCAAGACAAGGCGCUGGUGCGGUCUGCUUAUCCACACCCCUAACACAAGCCGCUUCAAGGAUAACAUCCACUCGCGCAUAUUGCAAAAGUUUCCUUUCUUGAUCGAGAUGUUUUACUGGAUUAUCAACUACGCUUUCUACCGCAUGACCAGCAUCACUUCGCAACGUAUUUUUGGUAAGACGAACAUAUGGGAGGUCGCGCAGGGGCAUGGCAUCGCCGUCUUGGAAGCUGAGCAGUUUGGGAUCCUGUCGUUUCUAUUUCCAUUUCGAGAGAGGGAUGUCCAGCAGUGGUUCAUGGAAGGACACCAGGACGCGCUGACUGUGCUGAACCGCACGUACGCGCUGAUCCACAUUCCCGGCACAGUAGGCUUCAUCGCCUGGUACUACUUCACCGCGCCGUCGCACCCGACCUUCGCGGCCGUCCGCCGCACCAUGACGCUGACCAAUUUUCUCGCUUUCCUCACCUUUAUCUUUUACCCGUGUAUGCCGCCGCGCCUUCUUCCUGCCGAGUACGGCUUCGUGGAUAGCGUUCGCCACGACGACGCGCAGUCCGUGUGGCAGUCUGGCAAGUACGUGAAUUCGCUUGCUGCGAUGCCGAGCAUGCACUUCGGCUACGCAUUCUGCAUCGGCGCCACUUUGGUGUGGCACUCGACCAUCUUCCGCUCCGGGCCGUUGCUGGAGCGAAACGAGCGCCGCAAGAGCAAGGCCUGGAAGCUUUUCUUCCUCGUGUUCGGCGUGGGCUAUCCCGCUCUCAUCCUCACGACCAUCAUCGCGACCGCAAACCAUUACUUCAUGGACGCCGGUGUCGCAUUUUGCUUUGUCAUAUUAAGCUUCCUGUGCAAUAAGAUCUUUUACGUAUUCAUUCCCCUAGAGGACUGGUUCCUGUGGCUUAUCAGGGCAGAGAAACCGAUCCCCAGCACGGGCGAGAGGUUCAGAGCGAUGGGAGGACGCAUGUAAACUAUGCAUGCCUCGCACUGCGCAGACCCUUGGUUCAAUCUUGUUUUCUGGCUCGUUCUCCUCUUGUCCAUGGGCGGCUUGGCAUUUGGCGAUGGCGUUCGUUGCUUUCCUGUACUGUUUAAUACACAACAGAGUUCGCUUUUUUUUUUAUUUCUGGGUGGACGUGCAUCUGGCGCCGAAAAGUAUGAGCGCCCCAUCAUAGCAUUUCUCGGAGACAAACUAGACGCCAUAACGGCGUAAUUCAGAGCAUAUGUUAAAGGCAAAGGCAUAAAAUGGUUCUCUCUUUUGUUUUUCGUCCGCUUUCGAUGG